AUGGAUCGGGAGAGGGAACCGGAGCCGUGUCCCGCCCCGGAGGCCCCCAAAGCCCAGCCCGGGCCGCCCCCCGGCCCCACCCGCUGGGGCAUCUGCUCGGCCGGGGCCAUCAGCCACGACUUCGCGGUGGCCCUGAAGACCCUGCCCCCCACGGAACACACGGUGGUGGCCGUGGCCGCCCGGGAUUUGGGGCGCGCCCAGGCCUUUGCCCGGCGUUUUGGGGUGCCCCGAGCCUACGGAUCCUACGAGGAGCUGGCUGAGGAUCCUGACGUUGACGUGGUGUACGUGGGGGUGGUGAACCCCGCGCACCUGCCCACGGGGCUGCUGUUCCUGCGCCACGGCCGGGCUGUGCUAAUGGAGAAGCCGAUGGCGCUCGGGGCCCGCGAGGUUGCGGAGCUGGUGCGGACGGCCCGGGAGCGUGGGGUGUUCCUGAUGGAGGGGUUCUGGACCCGCUUUUUCCCGGCCUGGCGGCGGCUGCGCUCACUCGCGGCCGGGGGGGCCCUGGGGACGCCCCUGGUGCUGCGGGGGGAGCUCGGCUUCCAGCUCGGGGGGGUCCCACGGCGGCGCGAGCCGGGGCUGGGCGGGGGGGUCCUGCUGGACCUGGGGGGCUACGGACUGCAGAUGGCACUGGCCCUGCUGGGGGGGGGCAAGCCCCCCACCGCCCUGAGGGCCCACGGCGUGCUGCACCCCACCGGCGUGGACGAGUCGGUGGCGGUGACGCUGGAGUUCCCCGGGCGGGCCCUGGCCGUGCUCACCUUCUCCAUGGCCGCGGAGCUGCCGGGGGCGGCGGCGCUGGGGGGGCCGCGGGGCUGGGCUCAGCUCCCCAGCCACAUGAACUGCCCCACCGAGCUGCUCUGGGGGGGUCACCGCGAGCACUUCCCGCUGCCCCCCCCGGCCGAGCCCCUCAACUUCCCCCACAGCACCGGGCUGCGCUACGAGGCCCAGCACGUGCGGGAGUGCCUGCUGCAGGGACUGACCGAGAGCCCGGAGAUGCCGCUGGCCGAGAGCGAGGUCAUCGCACGACUGCUGGACGAGGCACGGGCACAGGUGGGGGGGUGGGACCCUCAGAAUGACCACUGACCCUCCUGAGUGACCCCUGACCCCUCAGGGUAACUGCGGCAGCUUUGGUCUCACCCACCUGUGGCUCAAUAAAAGCUGGAAAACCACUCCAAAACCUGACCCUGGUCAUUCCCAGGUGACCCCAGUAAGACCCAGACGC